AUGGACGCAUCGAGAACGGAAGCUACCUCAAUUUAUCGCCUUCCAAAGGUUAAGCAAUCAGUAUCCACCGAGUCUAUACUUGGACCAGAAGGAGAACUAGCCGAACAACAGGAAUCCGAUGAAGAUACAUGCGAACUUGUGAGAAGAGCAGAAUUAAUGAAGCCGGCAAGUGAUCUCAGAAGGAUGGUAGCAGUAGAAAAAGAUAACAGGGAGAAAGAUACCAAGAAGAAGUCUUUGAGUAGUGCGAAGACGGCGAGAGCAAUCACACCACCCAGCAAAAGAAGGGAUAUAGAUGAAGGUCUAGCCACUGCCGUCCUUAGUUUGGAUGCUCUACUACGUACUCCAUUAAGUGAAUCACCAGUGCAAGGUUCACUACUAUCCUUGUAUUCUUCAAAAACAUUGAUCUCAAAAAUGGAAGAACAGCACUGA